CUCCUCCCUCUGUUUCUUAAACCUUUCCCUUCUCUCGGACUCUCUCUCCCUUGCUGUUCCUUCCCUGGCGGCGACGAUUGGGCGGCCGGCGGCGCCAUUUGUCACGUCUUCGCCCAGCCCUUUGCCGGCGACGAGCGCAUCCUCCAGGGAAGGACUGUAUGAUGGGGAAGAUUCUUCACUGAAGAACUUGUGCGCAUCUUUUGGUUAAGAGUCUCAACAAGUUUUUCCAAUGGAUCGAGUACCGAAUGGAAAGCACAAGGGUUCUGUCAACCGGCCAGGAGUCGUUGUGCUUGAUUCAUCAGAUUCUGGCUCUGACUCUGAAGGUUUUGUAGAAGAGCUUACUCCUGUUCACUCCAAGUCAAACGGUAAGGCUUCAUCUGGGAGCCUAAAAACUGGUGGAAAGGGUUCGUCUUUCUCUAAAGGAGAAGCAAGCCAUGGAAAGGCAUACAGUGGUGGCAAAGGUGGAAAGGGCUCUUCAUCAAAUGUAGUGCCUACUAAGUCUGAUGCAGAACUAAAGCUGGAGCUUGAUAUCCCUCCAAACUCUAAGAUGCUAAUGAAUUGUGAAGCAGCUGAAUUGUUGCAAGAAAUUCACGAGCAUAUGGCUAUAUUAUCAGAGGAUCCCAAAAUCAAAAUUCCUGAGUCAUUUGACAAAGCUUUCCAAUAUGCAAAAGAUGGAAACCAUUUCAGAACUGCUAGCUCUGUAAAACAAGCUCUGGAACCACUUAAAAAAUGUGGUGUUAAUGAUGGCGAGAUAUGCAUGAUAGCAAACAUUGGGCCAGAGACCGUUGAAGAGGUAUAUGCACUGGUGCCAUCUCUCAAGGCCAAUAGGUCAGUUAACGAAGGUCCAAUCACCGAAGUUCUUGCGGCUCUUGCUAACAUAAAAGCAGUCAAGUGAAUCUCCAAGGGAGCUAGGCAGCAAUAUUGCUGAUCAAGGAACUUGGAAUCUGCAAACGGACCGUUUGAUGUUUUGGAUGUUCUGCGUAGUCGGGUUAUGCUUUACAUGUAAAAACCGUAGCACGUGCUGCAUGAACUCCUCUAGGAUAUCUAACUGCUGAAGUGCAGAUUCAGCUGAGUGGUUGAACUAGUCUACUCAGAACUGUUAAGCACUGUCUGCACUUGUGGCUACUAGCUUGAAACAAUGAAGCUGCUGACUUGCUGACA